UGACACCAACCUGAACGGAUAUCGAAUAGAAAUUUACAUCAUUACAGUAAAUUCUCUGAAAUUGCCUCAAAUCACGCCGCAAGUGGCAUACCAAGAGCACGGACUUUCAGAUAACAAUAAUAAUAUGUAAAAUGGAGUUGAUAAUCUGAUCAUUGACCGGAUUACUUAAUAAAUAUUGAAGAAACUGCUGUGAAAACACUUGAACCACCCAAAGAUGGAAGUUGAAGAAUGUGUGAAGGAAUGGGAGGAUUUAGUAGCAGAUUACAAGCGCUUAGAGACUAUCAAUAAAGAGUACACAACAAAAUUAGAAGAAGUUGGCGAACUGCAAGCAGCAUGUUUGAAGGAACUGGAACACCAGAAAUAUCGCAUGUCAAUUAUUAAUGCUGCAUUGAAAAGGUUGGAAAAGAAAGGCGGUGUGAAAGAUGAACGCGUCACAAACCUCGAGAAGGAGAUAAUGAAGAGGAAAGCGAUGCUUCACGAGAUAAAAGCCACGCUCCCCAAACAGAACAGCUUAUAUCUGCGCAUCAUAUUAGGAAACGUUAAUGUAUCUAUAUUAAACAAGAAUGACAAAUUUAAAUACAAAGACGAGUAUGAAAAAUUCAAAUUGAUCCUCAGUGCGAUCGCAUUUAUUUUAGCUGUAGGAAAUCUGUAUAUUGACUUCAGGCCGCUGCAAUUGAUUUUAAUUUUUCUUCUCGUCUGGUACUACUGCACGCUUACGAUCCGAGAGAGUAUACUUAAAGUGAACGGCUCAAGGAUAAAAGGAUGGUGGCGCUUACAUCACUUCAUAUCGACGGUGGUUGCGGGAAUAUUGCUUAUAUGGCCCCAGAACCAGCCUUGGGAGGAAUUUAGGCACACCUUCAUGUGGUUUAUUGCUUAUAUAAGUGUUGUACAAUACAUGCAGUUCAGGUACCAGAGUGGAGUACUAUACAGGCUCAAAGCCUUGGGCGCCAGGCAUAAUAUGGAUAUCACGAUCGAAGGAUUCCAUUCGUGGAUGUGGCGUGGUCUAUCAUAUCUAUUGCCUUUCUUGUUUGGGGGAUAUGUUUUUCAACUGUACAUCGCUUAUACAUUGUACCAUUUGAGUUACCAUCCCGAGGCGACUUGGCAGGUGGCAGCGCUAAGCAUGUCGUUUCUGCUGAUCGGUAUCGGGAACACGGUGACGACGAUGAUCGUGGUCCCGCAGAAGCUCAGCGAGAAGGUGCCAUAUUUAGCUGCCUUGUUCCUUACUUUGCACUGUUGCAACAUGUAUACCAUAUUAAGGACAUUACGCAGGAAGGUUAAAGGAGGCCUGAAACUGAGAUACAAGUUGCGCGCCAUUGCGUAUCGGCUCUCCAAUGAGAUCGUCGUACUGGAACAAAAAUGGCGACAAAAUAAAGUCGAACAGAAAGCGGAAUAAAGAGACUGGCCUAACUGAUUGUGAUGAUAUUAAAACGAAACGAGUGUAUUUAUUUAAAUAAUUAUCUGACCCAUAGGUGUUUGAUCAAUGGACAUGCGAUAUAUAUUUUCGUAUUUUACUGUUUCAUCAAAAUUUUAAUGUUAUUUCUCUAGAAUAAAUCUACGUAUUUGAUACAGUUUGGGUUUCCUUGAAUUGCG